CGUAGCAAAGGGCUGUGCACUGAAACUGAUGUUAUGGCACAAGUAUUACAAAAUGGCGCCACCACAGCAUUUGAAUAUGAGGAUGAAGAUGGUGAUCGUAUAACUGUGCGAAGCAACGAUGAGAUGCAGGCCAUGAUGGCAUAUUACUUGUCUGUGGUAAUGGAGAGCGAGUCUGCGAAUGUGAUGGCACCUCCACUGGUCAUUUACCCUAGGGUUGUCAAGUCAGGAAGAAGAAAUAUCCAUGGGUUAACAGUGAACACAAGUCCGCCUGGAAAUGUACCCAAAGGAGCAGACAGCGGAAUCAGUCUUCAUUAUGGGAGACAAGAUGCGGAGCUGAGGGAAAUCUUGGCUUCAGGCAGGAUGUCACAAGCAGAUAUACAGCAUUUAGAAGUACUUGGUCAAGGUCACAGUGGAACGGUCUACAAAGCGAGGCACAUUGCCACCAACAACAUAAUGGCAGUAAAGGUCAUCUCUGUUGAUAUCACACCUGAUGUUCAGAAGCAGAUCCUCUCAGAACUCCAGAUAUUGUACAAGUGUGACUCCCCUUUCAUCAUUGGCUUCUAUGGAGCUUUCUUCACCGAGAAUAGAAUAUCAAUAUGUACAGAAUUUAUGGAUGGUGGUUCAUUAGAGAUGUACCAUUGCAUUCCUGAAAAUCUCCUGGGAAGAAUUACUGUUUCUGUCGUCAAAGGAUUGACAUACCUUUGGAGUUUGAAGAUCAUGCAUAGAGAUGUCAAGCCUUCCAAUAUCCUGGUCAACACUCAAGGUGAAGUCAAGCUGUGUGACUUUGGUGUCAGUGCUCAACUCGUGAAUUCUAUCACUAAGACGUAUGUCGGAACCAACGCAUACAUGGCACCAGAGCGAGUGAAGGGAGACCAGUAUGGUGUACAUUCAGAGGUUUGGAGUCUUGGCGUAUUUCUCCUUGAGAUGGCAACGGGCAGAUUUCCAUACCCAGUUACACCAAGGGAGAAUGAACUGUCGGCCAUAGACUUGCUACAGUGCAUUGUACAUGAGGCACCUCCAUCGUUGCCGAGGGAUAGUUUUUCAGAAGCAUUUGUGGAUUUUGUAGCCCAGUGCAUGCGGAAGAACCCCAACGACCGACCGACGCCAGAAGCCUUACUGCACCACGCGUUCAUCAGGGCCUACGAUGACGGCAACAAACAGAUCAUUGCCGAGUGGGUGUGUAGAAACCUGCAGGAGAUCAGGCUGAUGGCAGCAGCAGCAGCAGCAGCAGCAGCAGCAGGUGCUGGGGGUAUGUGACGAAAGAAAAACAGGGAUUUUUCAGUGUGACGUAGAGUUCACAACCAAGAUAAACUCCUCCCCCUGUAAUUUCAGUUACAAUUGCAACUCACGGCACCAUUGCCUCAGUCUGGACGAUGUGAGUAGUCAGCAAGGUAAUCAAGGUGGCGAUGCUGGAGCAUUGGAACUGAUAUCCAACCAGAGGUCCGUCUGUCGAUCCCUCCCUUGUGAUGUGUAGUUCCUGCGAUCUAGUCGGUGUUACUUUUGCCUCCUCUACGUCCAUGCUGUAGGUUUUACAGUCAAACCCCAGACCAAGCAACAGAUGAGCGGUACAGUUUAUAGUCAGUGUUGCCAUUUGAAUGCAUAAUUGACUAAUCUCUGUAACUGUUGAAGCCAUUUGAAGUGUGCUUUAUACCAUGCUUUUCUGGUGUCCGAGGCUAUUGCUAGCUGUGUCUUGUGUGACUAGCAUAAACCUUAUGGGUCAGCGCGGACAUCUGGGAUUCUCGCAAAAUGACAGUUGCUGCGCCGGUGAAAACAGCAAUCUUGGCAACGUACGCAUGCACCAGCCAG